CCCGCAUUCUCUCUCUAUCUCUUCGUCUUCCUUUCCUCCUCUCGAACCCCAAUAAAACCUCACUUUCCCUCCUUGCCACUUCGGAUUCUCCUCCUCUGCCUUUCGCUUCGUCACUCGCCACGCCACGCCAAAGACCAAGAAAAAAAAGGACGAUUUUUUCCUAGCUGCAACUUCCCUCACGCCAUGGAGGAGGAGAUGCCGCUGCAGCUGCUCUCCGCUUCCUCCGCCGCCGUCGCUGUCUGAGCUCCCCCUUCGCUCGAUCUCUCCAUCGGGCCGGGCCUACCUCUCCUAGCAGUGAAUCAAACCAUGGCAGCUUUCGCCGCGCUGUUCGACCCCCUGUACUGCCCGGAGGAGCACCUCGAUCUGUACCGCGACGAACCCGGCGAGGGUGCGGACGAGCAGUGGCCGGGCCAGCACGGACAGCAGGAGCCGGCUGUCCUCGACGACGAGCUGCCGGCGCUGUUCGAGGCACACCGGGCCAAGGAGGGGGUGGUGCUGGCGGAGGAUGGCGGGUACGGCGGCGCAGCUGGGCGUGAGGCCGCGGUCGGCUGGGUUUCACGCGCCGCGGCGCGGCUAGGCUUCUCCGCGCUCACCGCCGCGCUCGCCGCCGCCUACCUCGACCGCUGCUUCCUCCCCGGGGGCGCGCUCCGGCUCGGCGACCAGCCCUGGAUGGCGCGCCUAGCCGCCGUCACCUGCUUCGCGCUCGCCGCCAAGGUCGAGGAGACGCGCGUGCCGCCGCUCCUCGACCUCCAGCUCUACGCCGCCGCUGACGCCGCGGAUCCGUACGUAUUCGAGGCCAAGACGGUGCGCCGGAUGGAGCUGCUCGUGCUCUCCGCGCUUGGGUGGCGGAUGCACCCUGUCACGCCCUUCUCCUACCUCCAGCCCGUCCUCGCCGACGCUGCGACGCGCCUGCGUAGCUGCGAGGGCGUCCUGCUCGCGGUCAUGGCCGACUGGAGGUGGCCUCGGCACCGGCCUUCGGCGUGGGCCGCCGCCGCGUUGCUGAUCACAGCCGCCGCCGGCGACGGCGGCGACGGCGACGGCGACACGGAGCUCCUGGCGCUCAUCAAUGCCCCCGAGGACAAGACCGCCGAGUGUGCCAAGAUCAUCUCCGAGGUGACGGGCAUGAGCUUCCUCGCCUGCGAUGUCGGCGUGAGCGCCGGAAAUAAGCGUAAGCACGCGGCGGCGCAGUUGUACUCGCCGCCGCCGAGCCCGAGCGGCGUGAUCGGCGCGCUGUCCUGCUUCAGCUGCGAGAGCUCGACGUCCGCCACCGCUAUGGCUGCGGCGGUCGGCCCGUGGGCGCCGUCGGCGUCCGUGUCCGUGUCGUCCUCUCCAGAGCCACCAGGUCGGGCCCCCAAGCGCGCAGCGGCGGCGUCGGCGUCGGCGUCGGCGUCAGCCGGGGUCGCGCCACCGGUCCAGGUCCCGCAUCAGCUACCCCCCGACGAGGAGAGCCGCGACGCCUGGCCGUCCACCUGCGCCGCGUGACGCACCGUGCCGGAAACGGUGCCUAUGGCGAGACCGCCGUUCGGUGGCGGUGGAGAAUGGAGAACAAGGAGCAUCAUUGGCUCGCGUCGGUGAGCAGGAGAACGAACUAUUUUGCCCAUUGCCGUGACAGAUGGGGGGCAAGAGAGAUAAGAAAAGAUGUCCUUGUUUGCAUGCUUAUGGCGGGAGUAAUGUUUGCAUGCUUGUGGCAGCACAUUUUGCAAUGAUGGUUCUCAGAGAACUUAGCUGGAGGUGGAAGAUGAUUAGCGGAUAAUUUGCCGUCGAGAUCGAUGGCGAUUUAGUAUUUGUUGCAACUGUAGUGAUGCUAGUUCUUGCCGUGUUCUUGUUGGUUCUUGGCA